CAGCUUAAACCCCUUCAAACUCUGCAAAUUUAAGCAGCCCGAAAACCCUACUGUGCUAUCAUAUUGUAACUAACCAUGAAGAAGCUGCUUCAGAUCGUUGCUGGGCAGCGCUGUUCACCGCUGCUUCGAGCACUUGGGCGUCGAUACUUUGCAGCUUCAACAGAAGAGUACGCCAAGAGGAACUAUGCCAGCAAUGUUUCCGAGUACACAACCGUUGUUUCUUCUCUAACUGCUCAGCGCAGGCAUUUUCUGUUGAGAGAUGCGUAUGAUGAUAUGAUGCUUGAUGGGGUUCAGCCAUCUCGAGACAUUUUUCAUUCGCUGAUCGUUGGGACCAUGAAAGGAGCUCGGUUGCAGGAUUCCUUCUUCUUCAUAGACCAAAUGAAAACUAUGGGUUUGGUUCCUGAUGUUGCGCUAUACAACUUCUUGGUCUCAACCUGCGGGAAAUGCAAAAAUUCUGACCAGGCAAUACAUAUUUUGGAAGAAAUGAAGAAAAAUGAAGUGAAACCGACUGGACAAACCUACAUCUGUCUGCUCAAUGCAUGCGCUGCUUCUGGCAGAACUGAUCGGGUGUAUGCAAUUGUCCGUGAUAUGACUGCAGCUGGUCUUGGUUUGAACAAGUUCUGCUAUGCAGGACUUAUAGCUGCACACAAGAACAAGAUACCUUUAACAGAUGAUACAGCUUCCAAAAUCAUCGAGCUUGUUGAGCAGUCAAAGGGGUGGUCAUCGAUUGAAGCAACAAGAGACAUGGCCGAAAAUGUGAUGAUGGGUGUUUCGGAAGAAGAGUUAUAUAAUAUUCCCACUGCUGAAUAUGUUCAUAGGCGUGCUGGAUUUCUGAAUAGGCAACUAACUGUGUAUCAUGUUGCACUUCAUGCCUUUGCGGAUCUUAGGAAUGUAGAGGCAAUGGAAACACUUCUGGAGAUGCUAAAGAAGGAGGGUAAAACUCCUGAUGUUUUUCUCAUCAUGCAAACAAUGAGGUGCUAUCUACAUUCUGGAAACAUUGAUCGUGGUCUUCAAAUUUUUGAAGAGUACAUGAACUCAGGGAAGCCAGCUAUGGUGGAACUAUAUGUGACACUUGUAGAGGGAGCUAUGGUGGGUUAUACUCCCAAGGGAAUGGAACUCGCUCAAGACACACUGGUCAAAAUGAAUGCCAGGGGCUUUUUCUUGAGCCCCAAAAUGGGAAGUGAGCUCCUCCUGGUAGCCUCUGGUGAAAAGACUGGUGGAUAUACCACUGCAAAUUAUAUAUGGGACCUGAUGCAAGCUCGCAAAAUUACCCCUUCAUUUCCAGCCGUGGAAGCAUACUACAAUGGCCUGAGAGAACGUGAAAUACCUGAAGAUGAUGCAAGACUCUUACUAGUUUCUCGGGCUUAUGACAACCAACGCCUAAGAUUUGGAACUGGUCCAGGACGACCUUAGUUGGAAGUUGGAACAUCAAGGAAAGCAUCGUCUGGGACUGUUGUUUUUUUAUUUUUUUUUAUUAAAAAAUUCGAAGGGAAUAAUUCCUUUGGAAAUUGCUGUUGGCAGAACUAACUUUCAUUGUAUUAGAUUUUGCGCAAUGGCAUGGAUCACUUAAUAACAAUGUACCAAAGCGUCAUAUGAAAUUAAUGUGGUCAUCUUUGUACUA